AUGGUUCCUAGUGUAAGCCAACUUGACGAGGCCAAACGUCAGAGAGCCAAUGUCAAACGAAACAUUUCGCGAAUUAAAUCAGUGGUUGACGAACAUGUUGAAGAGGAGUCUUUCAACCGCUCUGCCGCUGAACUCCAAUGCCGUCUGGGAAUUUUGGAAUCCUACUUUAAACAGGCGCUAGUGAGGCAAACUAAAAUUGAAACUCUGGAUUCAGCGGACAACGGGCGUGUUGACAUUGAGGAAUCAUACAUAGCGACCAAAUUGGCUAUCAAACAACUACUCGGUGAAAAUCUAAGCAGCACAAUGCUCGAAUCCAAUCCACCGGCACUGCCGCAGUCAAAGCUCCCAAGGCUGCCGCUGCCAACUUUUGAUUGUACUCACACGGAGUAUAACAACUUCAUGACUUCGUUUAUGCAGCUUACUGGACGUGAGAAUUGGUCAUCAAUUGAGAAAUUCAACCAUCUUCUCAACUGUUUGAAAGGCCCAGCACUGGAAGCAGUAAAGGCGUUUCCAGUGACCAGCGAAAACUUUCCCAAGGCUUUGGAUAAGUUGAAGGCUCGAUACGACAAGCCAGCGCUAAUAUUUAUGGAAACAAUAACCACAAUCUUUAAAUUGCAGCCUGUUAACUCUUCGAAUGCACAACAAUUGAGAAGCUUGAUCGAUAAUUCAUCCGCCCUAUUCAGCUCUCUGUCGUCGCUGGGCUCAGAUGCACAAAUUUCUGAGGCAAUGCUGAUCUACCUGGUCAUGGACAAGUGCGAUCAACAAACUCGGAAUAAAUGGAAUGAAUCCCUGGACUACUCUUCGUUGCCAUCCUGGACCCAGUGCGCUAGUGUGCUCGAACGCCACUGCCAAUUUCUAGUAUCCAGUGGAUCUUCCUCAACUCAACUUCGAAGGCCUGUCCAGGCUAAACCAAUAUCGGGUGCAAUCAACAACGCUCACAACGUAUCAUUUGCACUCACCAAGACCACAUGCGUCUUUUGCUCCAGCGCUGGACACAGACUCAUGGGAUGCGACCAGUUUCGGAAUUUGGAUUCACUGCAACGCCUAGAAGUGGUGAAACAACAUGCCCUUUGCGUCAAUUGUCUGGGCAAGGGACAUAAGGUGUCAAAUUGCCCGUCGAAAAAUCGCUGUCGAAGUUGCAAUCAGCCGCAUCACACGCUAUUGCUAUCUCCGAAGUCGUUAUCAUUACCUUCGACAAGCUCGUCCCACCCCAGCGGAACUGCAGCUUACUCUCAACCACAAUUGAACGCAGCACCAAACUACGUGAAUGUGCAGCCGUAUCCUAUCGGAGCUGCAACCCAUGCGCACGCUCAAUCAGAUGCAAGAGGAGGAUCACAAGUCAUCCUAGCCACAGCAAUGGUGCAAGUUCAGGACUCAGUUGGCUCCUUCAGACUCGGGAGAGCGCUUCUCGACUCCUGCUCUCAGGUCAACUUUAUAACCGAGGCUUUUGCUCAAAAACUCAGGUUGCCGAGGGACAAGCAUAGUGUUCAAAUUCGCAGUAUCGGCGACUCGAACACGCACAUCAAACACCGUACAUCAACAACAAUCAAAUCUCGUCUUUCGCCUUUCGAAUUGCCUCUCGAUCUCUGCAUAACGCCUAACAUUGCAUAUCAACCGGAUACCCAAAUUGACAUCUCGAACUGGAACCUUCCACCCAACACGCCGUUAGCGGACGAACAAUUUCAUCUUUCCCGAAACGUCGACAUGCUGCUAGGUGCAGAGGCAUUCUACGAUAUUCUAGCAGUGGGCCAAGUCAAGCUAGGCUCCAAUUUGCCGACUCUCCAAAAGACACUAUUCGGUUGGGUAGUAGCGGGAAGCCAUCGCCCAAAACAAUCAAAGGAGUCCUACGCAUAUCUGGCUCAAAGCUCUGCACCCAUUGAUGCAAAUCUUAAGCGUCUGUGGGAGGUCGAAACAAUCAGCACCUCGGCUGAACGACUUAAGCCAGAACAUCAGUUAUGUGAGACACACUUCAAGCAGUCAACUCGCUUAGAAGCAAACGGAAGGAUCGUCGUUAAGUUACCAUUGAAGGAUGCCCUACUCAGCUUGGCAAUUCGGUUGACAUUGCUCGUCGAAGAUUUCUCAACGUCGAACGGCGACUUGUACGUUCACCGGAAGUCUACGCUCAAUAUAGGACGUUCAUGA